GACGCUUACCGCAUGUUCACCCUGCUUUUCUCAUAGUCUUCGUUUCCAAAGCGUACGUCAAAGCAGAAAGAGUUGUCGUUUUGGAGAGCGCGCGGAGCCUGGUGUUCUUGAUCUUCUUUACUGCGUCCUUGAUUGAAUUGCGCUUGCGAAUUGCUAGACCGUUCGUUUAUCAUGUGGACUUCCACAGCUAACGCUAGAGCACUCGGUGUUUUGUCAGUUUCAGCCUUUGGCGAUCUUCCCACACUCGUCGUCAACUGGGCAGCAUUCGUUCCGCUUGUGUGAUAUUCGGUGUAAUCAAAACCAUGCCACCAGCAAAGCGAAGAUGGAACAGUGCUGAGAUGUUUCGGCGAAAUAAGGAAACAGAUUGUUUUGCCUCGAAAGACAACACCAACAACACCAUUGAUCCACCGUGUCCGCAAGGCUAUGUCAGUUUCGCCAGGAAUGGGACUGCGCGAUGUCACAAUCUCAUUAUCGGAACACAAUCAUACGAGAAGGCUGAGCAGAUUUGCAGAUCGCGUGGUGGGGAGUUCUCGACGAUAACCGAAGAGGAUGAACUGAUACUAUUGAGAGAUGAAGCUAAGAACCGAGGACUUAAUGGCAACGUAAUGCUCAAAAAAGAGGAUGGGAGAAAUGACACUUGUAUCUUCUUUGAAAUUGAGGAUGACGAUAAUGCGAUUGUGGAAACCGAUUGCGAUAGUGAGGAAGUGCAGAACAUAAGCACUUUUGCGUGCAUGGUACUUGAAUGUGUUGUAACGGAAGAUGGACGAGCUUGCAAAAUGGUAGAAUGUCAAACUGGAGAAGUUUCCUAUUAUCGAAAAAGCGGAAGAUUGACUUGUCACAAGAUAAUCAAUAAGGCAGCAACUUGGGAAGAUGCUCAGAAGCAGUGCAGACAGCUGGGGGAAGGCCAUCAGUUGGGAUCAUUUGAAGACAAGAAAGAAGCUGAAUACGUAAUGGGAGAGGCAAGGAGAAUCUUUGGCUGUAAGAAAGAAGCUUGCUAUGGAACUCUAUGGAUUGGUGGCAAACGGAAAUCAAGAUCCCCCUUUACCUGGAUAUUUGACAAAACAUUGGCUGCUAUUGGUCCCUAUAAUAACUUCGACGAAGGAGAGCCGGAUGGAGAUAGGCGAAGCAAAACUGAGGAGUGUUUGGCUAUUUACAUCAACGAAGCUACCUAUUUAGAUCAACAUUGCUUUGAUGACGUUAAGAUAAGAAAGGAAAGCUACUACGCUAUUCGAGGAUUUGUCUGCACAGCGGUCAAGAUCGUUAAGCGUGAAUUUUACUGAGCAGUUUCAAAUAUGUCGCCAGAGACCACAACCAUCCACAAUUAGGG